AUGGGUGCUUCCGAAUCACGGUUGCGGGUAGACGACUCGAACGAAGCGCCACGACAGGGCUAUCACGUCGUCCGCGUCGCCGCGGGUUCCCCGGCACACCUGGCAGGCAUCGAACCGUUUUUCGAUUUCUGCGUUGGCCUGGACGGUGUGGCGCUCGAUCCGACCAAGGAUGUCGACGGAGGAGCCGACUCGACCGGCUUGGGCGCAUGGAAGAGCCUGGAAGAGCGGGAGGGUACGCAAGUGACGCUCAACGUAUGGAACUCCAAACGGCAGCAGCUGCGCCAGGUCAGCCUCGUACCUUCGCGUCAGUGGUCUUCUCAACCUUCCACCAGCAGCAUCAACGGGACCAGCUCGGAAGCCAAGUCACAACCUUCGCUGCUCGGGCUGUCGCUGAGGCUAUGCAAUCCUUCUCAGGCGCUUUCACACGUAUGGCACAUCCUCGAGAUCCUCGAAGGAUCUCCUGCCGAGUCGGCUGGUUUGGUCCCGUUUGGCGACUUUGUCAUCGGUUGGCCUGGAGGAGUGCUGCAAGCAGAAGGCGACUUCUACGAGCUCGUCGAAGCACACACUGACCGCGCUUUGCGGCUCUACGUAUACAACUCGGAUUUUGACAACACGCGAGAGGUCAUCAUGAUUCCAAACCGCGAGUGGGGAGGGGAAGGAUUGCUAGGCUGCGGCGUGGGAUACGGUCUGUUGCAUCGCAUUCCAAAACCUCAAGACUUGCCCCAGGUCCCGCCAGAGCUCUCGUCGCGCCAAGAUGAAGAGCAAGGAAUUCCCGAAGACCAGCUCAAGACGCCGCGUAUCGGCGGACCGCCCUCCGUAUUCGCUACACCCGGAGCCAAUUCUCACUUUGACGAGGACGACUUCAGCACGCCCCUCGCCAACCCUUCUAACGUCCAGGCACGAGCAGCCACUUCGAACGGCUUCCAAGGCCGCGAGCUGUACAGCAGCAGUCACGAUGAAGAAGAUGAGGACGACUACGAGGCGAAUCGGUCCGGUGUCACUGUCAGCAUGCGCCGUGAAGAAGACGACGAAGAGCACGACGAUGUGGCCGACUUGGCUUGA